AUGGCCUACACCCAGUCCAACCUCGGCAGGACGCGGGACGCCAAGACCUUCAAGCGGAGCUACCCCCACGCCAAGCCGCCCUACUCCUAUAUCUCCCUCAUCACCAUGGCCAUCCAGCAGGCACCCAGCAAGAUGCUGACGCUGAGCGAGAUCUACCAGUGGAUCAUGGACCUUUUCCCCUACUACCGGCAGAACCAGCAGCGCUGGCAGAACAGCAUCCGCCACUCGCUCUCCUUCAACGACC